AUUUGUUUGAAACCAUUCCAUCUGUUCUUUCCCUCCCAGCCGCCUACCACCCCACCCACCCUGCUCACUCUUCUUCUCCGGCGAGCAUCAGACGCCAUAUAAAUAUUGGCAUUUGCUCACUGUUUCUCCUUCUCGGCGGCUCUGCGAACCCACGUCGACGACCAAGUUCCUCCGGCAACCGACGCGAGUAGCCACCUACAUAGAUUGACGCCGAACUUUUUCUCCGGCGGUCCCAGUUACUCGUCGUAGGGUUUUUGACCCACAUAUCUGAAUUCCAUCGUGGGUACGAUUUCGAUUGGCUUCGCCGAGGCCUUUGCAACAUUGUUUCUUUCCUUUUCGACGAGCUUCGAUAUUGAGUCGGAUUGGCCUCAAGUCAAUCCACCCAUAACGUUAAAGGUUAAAAUUUCAAGUUGCUCGGAUGCUUUCGAGCACUAACCAGCAUGGUUAAGAUCCAUUUUGGUGAUAGUUCGGAGUGCAGUGAAGAACAUUAUGGCACAGGACAUCAAGGGAUGGUUAUCUUAGGACUUGAUAGUUUGACAUAGGAAUUAUUUGUAGUAACUUGCUUCUGCUGAUUUGUGUAAGUUGUAAAAGUUUAUAAUGGUAAUGUUUCCGCAUUGUUGUUUUAAUAACUGUAUUGGAAAAUACAGGCUAUUACAUUGGUAGUUUCUCCUCCAGUAAUUGAAGCUGUUCAAAGUUUUCUCAUUGAUACUAUGAGUCCUGUGAAGUUGACCCUUCGGUGUCCUUCUAAGAUAGGGCAAGUUACAGUUGACCCAGAUCCCGAUUUUAGCUUUGAUGAUUUGCGAGUGGAACUUCACUCCUUGGAGGAGAAGUUAAAUAAGUCCACGAUGCCUUUUAAGAAAACAUGUUCACGAGACUUCCCUGUCACAAAAACUUUGAAGAGAAGCUUCAAGCCUUUUAUUAUGGGCGUGUACGAGGAUGAACUAAAAGAAAUAUUUAAUGAUGAAGUGGUUCGUGAACCAAGUUCAAAUGCUAAUCGCUUCAAUUGUGAUGGAAUUUUUCUCAGUGAUAGUGAAGAUUCCGACAAUGAUUCAACACCCGAAGCACAAGCCUAUCUGAAGGAGGACAUGGAUUUAGUGGAAAGUUCUUUAGCUGAGCUAACACAUGAUCAUAUGCUUAAUAUAAAGGAGGAAAUCAGGAACCAACUUGGAAGGUUGGAGACUGACCUUACUACUUUAAAUGAAAAGUCAAGUGCUGCAAUCUCUCAAAUUGAGAAAUACUAUGAGGCAAGACGAGAAGCUGACCGAAGACUGGAUACUCAAUAUCAACGUGAGAUUGCUGAAGGCCUUGAUAAGUACUUGACAACUGUUCAACAUCAUCACGAACAAAUAUCACAAAGAGAAGAAAGAAAAAUAAGAAGUGAUGCAGCUUUUGAGGAAGCUAAAAGAAAGGAGAAGGCUAUUCUAGAGGAUAAAAAACGUCAAGAAAAGCUUAAAGCAGAAGCCGAGGCAAAAGCCAAAGCUGAGGAGGCAAUGAAAGCUGCCAUAGAAGCUGAGAGGAGAGCAACGAAAGAAGCUGCUGAAAGGGAAGCUGCUGAAAACUUAAAAAAAGUUAAUAAUGUACAAGUGCAAGAAACUAUGGUUGGGUCGCUAACUACCAAACCAGUAAACUCAGUUGGCCAACCUAAAGGGACUACUUCGGACGAAACAUUUGUGUCAAAAUCACCAGAUAGCAUGGUUCGAGCCUCGAAAAGUGCUUUGGCUUUAGAGCGGGAGAGACUACAACAACUCAAGGAGGUAGAGGAGGGAAACCAAGCAUUGAGAUUGAGUCCAAAUAAGGAUUUUAACACCUACGAAAGGCAUAUUGCUAGGCUAAUCAAACAAAUAGGGGGGACGAAAGAAAAUGUUAGAACAAAAACUAGUGAAAUUCUCAAGAUUUUCAUGGCUCCUCUUUGUCCGCAAACGAUUAGCAUUGCCGCAUUUGCAAAAAAGAUCGUUUCUCAAUGUGAAAGUCCACACGAUGCAUUUGCACUCAGUCAUGUUAUUGUUCUUGUUACCUCACAGGCCCCAAGUGCUCUGGUUCUUGUUCUUGCAGAGUUGCAUAGAGCUUGCAUCUACACAGUUCCGAAGCACAUACAAUAUUCAGCGGCUGCAUUUGGAUCCAAAGAGUCAUAUUACAAAACUAUUGGAUUUCGAGAGGUUGACGGGAAAAUGGAGAGUGUUGAGGAUUAUUUGAUGCGACUAGAAGCAUACGUGAAACUAUAUGGGGCAUUGAUUCAGACAGAAAUUCCUGGUGUUCGCAAUUUACAUGGUCUGGAGGAAGGUUGGGCAUGGCUGGCAAGAUUUCUAAAUGCAAUUCCCCCCAAUUUAUUUACUGCAGCCUCGCUCAAUGCAUUCUUAAAAGUAGCAGGCUUUGCAAUGUAUAGAAAAUAUAAAUCCCAGUUCAGGAAGCUUUUAAACAUCAUCUCCAACAACUUCUUGAGCGCGCUACGAGGAAAAGGUAAUGCCAAUUUGAAUCAUAUAAUAUUGGACAUUGAAACCUAUUUGGAAGACCGAAGAUUCCUUGAAGAACCAGAAGGAAAAACCUUGGUGGGGGGUUCCUUGUUGUCCUCGGAUGCUUUUCCGGAGCCAGAGCACGCGCAAGAAUAUUACCGUCAUUCAAGUAAUUCAUAUUAUUGAUACAUGUGCAUUUUUGUUGUUAAUUUAUCAGAGGGAAUGUAACACUUCCUAUUUAGCUUUGCUUUAUCAUUUAGAACUUAAGCUGUAUCAUCAAUAACUUAGGGAUUAUUCAAUACAAAAGAAAACUAUAGCAGUAUUGAAGAGUUGUACUACAGAUACUGUGUAUAAACUUGCAACUCCGCAAUGACAAUGAUGGAUUUUAUUGAAGGAA